CCUCUCGGCAAUAUAGCAUUGAUUAUAUCUUUGUUUUUCAACUGCUAAUGCUGUUGGGAGCACAAAAUUGACCAAGGGGGAACCAAGGAUAAAAGAAGUAAUCAAAAGUUCCUUGGAAAGUAUGCCCCGCCGCGGUAGGAGCUCAUCCAGAGUUGAUCGGAAGGCAUUAGAAAGAGACCGAAGACAGCGCACGAAAGAACUAUUUUCUAGGCUUGGUUUCCUCCUUCCUACUCCACUCUCCAAGCGGUCGUUACCUGAGAUGUUGGAUCAAGCCACCACUCAUGUAAAGCAAUUGGGACAAAGGGUAGAGAUGCUGAAGCAAAAGAAGCAACUACUUGAAGGCAGUAGUAGUAUUGAUGAUCAGACAACUGGUAUCAGAGAUCAUAUGAUGGGUGGCGCAUGGUUACCUGUUCUCACAGUGAGUGAUUUGGGUUCUAUGUUAGAGGUAUGCGUGAAGAGUGGGUCAAACAAGAAGUUCAUGUUGCAUCAAGUAAUCCAAGUUCUUGUGGAAGAAGCAGCUCAGGUUGUAGCUCUUAGCUACUCUAAUGUUGGGGACAGGAUCUUCUACACAAUUAACGCUCAGGCUGUUAGUCCUAGAAUUGGCAUAGAGACUUCAAGGGUGCAUGAAAGAUUGAAGGAACUGAUUUUUUGAAGUACUGGCUAGGCCUUGCCUUCAAGGAACAUAGCAUGCAUGAUUAACGUUUUACCUUUUUCGUCUAUACAUGUUUGGCGGAAAUAUUACACAUCGCAGAAUAUCUUUAGUUGCCACGGCC